UAGAGGGCGGGAGGGCGGAAGUGGUGGUUGCUAUGGGGCGGGUCGGGGCCUAGGCGUUGGGCCUGGGGUCGCCUCCGUUUGGGACCGGCCGUCCCGGGGCUCUGCAGGCAGCAGCAGCGCGACCCCACCGGGCUCCACGUGCCCGUCCAGGCCCGUCGAGACCCCGCCGGACCCCCCUCCCCCCCCCCCCCCACCGCGUGCCCGUGGAGACGCGGCGGGGAUGACCCAGGCCGAGAUCAAGCUGUGCUCCCUGCUGCUGCGGGAGCACUUCGGCGAGAUCGUGGAGCGGGUGGGCACGCUGCUCGUCAGGGCGGGCGCGCAGCCGCUGCGGAUGCUCGUGGGCGACACGGGGCUGUCGCUGGAGCAGGUGAAGAAGGCCCUGUGCGUCCUCCUCCAGCACAACCUGGCGACCUUCCAGCUGCAGAAGCGCGGCGCGGUGGAGUACGAGGCGCGGGGCGAGCGGGUGCUGAGGAUCCUCCGCUACCCGCGGUACAUCUACGCCGCCAAGACCCUCUACGGCGACACGGGCGAGCUCCUCGUCGAGGAGCUGCUCCUCAACGGCAAGAUGACGAUGAGCGCGGCGGUGAGGAAGGUCGCCGACAGGCUCACCGAAACCAUGGAAGACGGCAGGACCAUGGAGUACGCCGACGUCUCGAGCACCUUCGUGCGCCUGGCGGACACGCACCUGGUGCGGAGGUGCCCGCUGCUGCCCGAAGCCCCCCAGGGCCCCGCGGCGCCGCCCGCCCCCGCGCCCACCUUGGUGCUGAACGAGAAGGACACGUACGCCGUGCCCCGGCUCAACCUCACCGGGCGGGGAAAGCGGAGGCGGUCGUGCGACGAGGAGGAGGACGGCGGGCGCAGGGCGAAGAAGCAGAAGCAGGAUGCGGAGGGCACCGAGCCCCCGCCCGACGACGGCAUCUACUGGCAAGUGAACCUCGAGCGCUUCCACCAGCACUUCCGCGACCAGGCCAUCGUCAGCGCCGUGGCCAACCGCAUGGAUCAGACCAGCAGCGAGAUCGUGCGGACGAUGCUGCGCAUGAGCGAGGUCACCACCUCGUCCGGCGCGCCCUACACGCAGCCGCUCUCCUCCAACGAGAUCUUCCGGUCGCUUCCAGCCGGGUACAACGUCACGAAGCAGGUUUUGGACCAGUACCUCACCCUGCUCGCUGACGACCCGCUCGAGUUCGUGGGCAAAUCGGGGGACAGCGGCGGGGGCAUGUACACCGUCAAUCUUCACAAGGCUCUCGCCUCUCUGGCCACGGCCACCCUGGAGUCCAUCGUAGAGGAGAGGUUCGGGUCCCGCUGCGCCAGGAUAUUCCGCCUGCUCCUGCGCAAGAAGCACUUGGAGCAGAAGCAGGUGGAGGACUUCGCCAUGAUCCCGGCCAAGGAGGCCAAGGAGAUGCUGUACAAGAUGCUGUCCGAGAACUUCGUGGCCCUGCAGGUGAGCGGGGGCGAGCUCCGCGACCGGGGACGCCGCGAUCCCUGCGUGCCGCCAGGAAAACGCCGCGCCCCGGGCCGCCCGCGAAGUCCUCCCCCUUCCCCAGGAGAUUCCCAAGACGCCGGACCACGCGCCCUCGCGCACCUUCUACCUCUACACGGUGAACGUCCCGUCCGCCGCGCGCAUGCUGCUGCACCGCUGCUACAAGAGCGUGGCCAACCUGAUGGAGCGGCGCCAGUUCGAGACCAAGGAGAACAAGUGAGCGGGGCCACGGGGGGGUCGCAGAACCUUGGGGGGGGGGGGGGGGGGGCCACACAGACGAGGAGCUCUGCCCCCCAGCGGGGUGGUUUCCGCCCCCGCAGGCGGCUGCUGGAGAAGUCGCAGCGGGUGGAGGCCAUCCUGGCCUCCAUGCAGGCCACGGGCGCGGAGGCCGCGCAGCUGCAGGAGAUCGAGGAGAUGAUCACGGCCCCCGAGCGGCAGCAGCUGGAGAACCUCAAGCGCAACGUCAACAAGCUGGACGCCAGCGAGAACCAGGUGGACGAGACCAUCUUCGUGCUGGAGUCCUUCAUCGACAGCACCGUCAAGAAGCCCUGAGCGCGCUGCCCGCCCCCCCCUUUGUGCCCCCCCCCCCCCCCACUAAGGACAAUAAAGUGACCCCCCCG